AUGGAUGAGGUUAAGCUAGAGAGCCUCUCUGGCAGAGCAGGAAUCAUCAAGGCCGGCCAAGAUUCCGACGCCUUGGAUAGAAUUGUCCUUGACGACGUCCUCUACAAUGUCAUCUUCGACCUUGUCCUCGAAGUUCACCGUCAAGAGAAGACUCGCCGAGCCAACACCGCUGCCAUCCGUGUAGAGAAACUGGCUGCCGACGCUGCAGACGCCUCGGACCCAGACACCAAGCCAGACAUACGAACAGAGACCGAUGCUGCCAUAUACGAGGACGGCAGAGUCCUGCUCAAGGGCAACCCAUUACAGACCACAAAGGACAUCCUGUGCCCACGCUGCCACCUCCCUCGUCUGCUGCACCCCACCGAUGGCAGAGGAGCCCAGAAGCCAGACCCUGGAGUCAUAUACUGCAAGAAGCACCCUUACAUCGACAAACCUGGCUACGACAUUUACGGUCAGACAUGGGUCGCCCCAGGCCCGGGCAGGGGCAAGAAAAAGAAGGACAUGGAGAAGAAACUCGAUGCUAGUGUGGACGGAACCGUCACGCCCACAUCUGACGGCCAACGGCCGCCCAAUGUGCUGUCAUUCCCCUCCGCAACAUGUAGCAAGUGCAAACGGUGCAUCUUAGUGACCCGGCUGAAUAAUCACAUGGGAGCAUGUAUCGGCAACAGCGGCAGGAACGCAAGUCGUGUCGCCUCGCAGAAGAUCACGAACGGUGGCACUGGUGAUAACACCCCUCCGUCCAGCCAGAAGGGCACGCCAGUCAAUGGCUCGCGAGCGGGCAGCCCCAGGAAGCGCGAUGCCGACGAAAUUGAUGACGACCAGGAGUCAGACGCAACUAACCCCAAGAAGAAGAACAAGAAACUCAAGGGACCAACCACCAAGAUCCUGCUCAAGAACAAACCCAAGAAGGAAAAGGACAAGGUCAAGACCAGCUCCUUCCUCAGCGUCGAGUCCAAGAUCGACGAUGAGGAUGACGAGGACGACAAGAAAUCAACUGUCCAAGUGGCGCCCAAGAAAUCCACUUCAAAGCAGCCCUCGCCUGCCAAGAAAUUGAAAGUCGGAGCCUCAAAACCACAUUCUGCAUCGCCCAAACCAAAGAACGGUAGCCAGGUAGAUGCAGGCUACGAGUCUUCAGACACCCUCUCAGAUCCCCCACAUGCGUAA